GAGUCACGGCCCCCUGCCCUCCUCUCUCCUCCCCUCCGCCGGCUCACGCACACGCGGCUCGGCUCCGCUCCUCUCCGCUGCGCUGCGCUGAGCUGCGCUCCGGGGCCGGCUGCUCCGCACCAUCGGGGAGAUGGGUUGCUCCCGGCCGGGGCUGGGACUGGGACUGGGGCUCGCCCUCGCCCUUGCCCUGCUGCUGCGGACGGCGCCGGCCCGGGCGGAGGACAAGUCGGAGCCGGAGGACGGCCCGCACCACGGGACAGGUGCUGCCCAUGGGCACUGGAGCUAUGCAGACAAGCUGUCGUGGAGCCAGGGCUUCCCGGACUGUAGUGGCCAGAAACAGUCGCCCAUCAACAUCAUCACUGAGGCAACACUCUUCAGCCCCCAGCUGCAGCCCAUCCACCUGUCUGGCUACAACCUGCCCCCCUCGGAGCAGCUGACACUGAAGAACAAUGGACACACCGUCGUGCUGCGACUGCCCGCAACCCUGACCAUGUCUGGCAGCAACGGCCAGCAGUACCAGGCUGUGCAGCUGCACCUGCACUGGGGCUCCCCCGCCGGACCCGGCUCUGAGCACACUGUGGACGGCCAGCGCUACCAAGCCGAGAUCCAUGUGGUGCAUUACAACACCCGGUACGACAGCAUCUUCCAAGCCAUGACCCAGCCUGACGGCCUGGCCGUGCUUGCCGCACUUCUGCAGGCUGGGCCGGAGAAAAACCCAUCCUAUGAGCAUGUGCUUGAGCACCUGGAAGAGGUCUCUGAGGAAGGUGACGACACGCUUGUGGCUGGGUUCAACAUUGCUGGGCUGCUCCCUGCCGAUCUCAGCCGCUACUUCCGGUACAACGGCUCCCUGACCACCCCGCCCUGCUACCAGACUGUGAUGUGGACCGUCUUCAACCAGACCGUGCGCCUGUCUCUGGACCAGAUCUUGAAGCUGGAGGAGACGCUGUAUGGAGACCACGACAAGCUCCUGGAGAACAACUUCCGGCUACCCCAGGCCAUGCACGGCCGGAGGGUGCUGGCAAGCUUCUCGGUGGCCCGUGGCCCAGAGGUGCCUUCUGUGCCAGCAGGUGGGGGGUCCCCCGUGCCCCCCACCUCUGACAACGCCACAGGGGCAGGCACCAGCGGAGCACCCCAACCAGAUGAUGGGGAAGCUGCGAUGACCCCUGUCCCUGAUGGCCACGCAGGGGCUGCUGCUGGCCGAGGACUUGGACCAGGUGGCAGCAGCCCAGAGGGUACAGGGCCCGAAACGCACCUGGGCUCCUCCUUUCAGGCAGGGGACGUGCUGGCCGUGCUGUUCGGGGUGCUGUUUGCCGUCACUGCCCUCGCCUUCCUUGUCUACGUCCACAAGCAGCGGAGCCACAGCCGCAGGCUGGACUCUCCGGACAAGCCCAAGGUCAUCUACACGGCAGCCACUACGGAGGAGAACGCAGUGUAGCCCCCCCCGACCUCCACCAACAUGGCCCAGCUCCUAGGGCUGGUGGCUGUGGCACCCCUGCAGGUCCCACUCCCUGCCGUCCUGCCCACCACCCCUCACAGACUGUGUCCUGAGCCAUGUCCAUGCACUCCCUCCCCCCCCCAAACACAGAUAUUUUUGUUAUAAAAAGAUAAAAGGUACAAAAACCA